GACCUCCAAAUCCAAUAGAAUACCUGGCUGCAUACCUACUCAAGAAUAAAGACCAGUUUGAAACCAAAAGCUAGACCCAAGAAAUACAGUUUAACCAACUUUUACUGGACGUUAAUUAUGGGUUCUUUGGGAUUUACUUGAUAUCAAACAGAAAUAGAUUUCUAUAUGCUAUUCUAUGUUUUAUUUAAUAGUGUUUCAAGACUAGCUCAUUGCGUGUAAUGUUUGAUGUUCCUAGUCUAUGGAAACUGCAACAGUAUAAUUGCCUGAACAACUCCACCCCUGAUUAUAGUCGUUACUUACUACUCCAGUGUAUAUAUGUCUAGUACUGUAAUUAUCACCAUACCAAACCUUGGAUUUAAAACAGCAUUGACAAUUAUUUAUACCUGUAAAAGUGAUGCCCUGUUUUUGUAUCAAUGCGAAAUAGUCCCUUUAUUAAAUGAUUGAAACAUUUUUGUAUCCAGUAGUUUAAUUUAUGAAUAUUAUGUAUAAUUACAUAAAUUAUGAUUUCAUAAAAGGAAAUUAAAAUUGUAAUAUUACAUUUGCCAACCAUUACUGUAAUAUACAAUUCAAUAUCUGUAGUAUUGGUGUUAUCUUCUCCUCCUUUUGAAGUCUUUCUCUUGGUGUACAUUUGUCCAUAAUUACGGGAUUGAAAAUAAAACUUAAAAUGAAGAUGUUUGAA